UCGCCAUCACCGCCAUAGCCGCGCGGGGCCUCUUGGGAGCCCGGGGCUGUCCGCGGCGCUGCCUGCGCCGGCCCGGGGCGCGUCCGCCUGGCCAAGGACGCCGCCGACCAAGGCGAGAUGCUGGAGGCCCCACCCCUGCUAUUGGCAGCCUUCUCAUUGGGCCUGGUGCUGCUAGUGCUGCUGCUUUGCCACUCGUCCUUCGGCAUUCUCUUUAUCUGCUGGAACGAGUUCAUCGUGCAGCCUCUCUACAACCUGUUCAUGGGCAACACCAAGGAGCAGCGCAUCCUGCGUCAUGUGCUGCAGCACGCGGUGGCCGGGGACCCACAAAGCGUGCUGGAGGCCAUUGAUACCUACUGCUCGCAGAAGGAGUGGGCUAUGAAUGUGGGUGACAAGAAAGGCCAGAUCUUGGAUGCAGUGGUGCAGGAGCAGCGCCCAUCGGUGGUGCUAGAGCUGGGGGCCUACUGCGGCUACUCAGCUGUGCGCAUGGGCCGCCUGCUGGAGCCUGGGGCCCGCCUGCUCACCAUUGAGCUCAACCCUGACUACGCUGCCAUCACCCAGCAGAUGUUGGACUUUGCAGGCCUGCAGGACAGGGUGACCGUUGUGGCCGGGCCAUCCCAGGACAUCAUCCCCCAGCUGAAGAAGAAAUACGACGUGGACACGCUAGACAUGGUCUUCCUUGACCACUGGAAGGACCGGUACCUGCCAGACACUCUCCUCCUGGAGGAGUGUGGCCUUCUACGGAAGGGGACAGUGGUGCUGGCCGACAACGUCAUCUGCCCAGGAGCCCCAGAAUUCCUGGCAUAUGUGCGCAACAGCAGCCGCUUUGAGUGUACACACUUCACCUCAUACCUGGAGUACUCGAAAGUAGUGGAUGGCCUGGAGAAGGCUGUCUACAUGGGCCUAGAGGGCCCAGCAUAGCCUUGAAACCACCCCACCCACCCCCCACUCCAGGCUCCCUUGCCAAGCCUGGUUAUGAAGACACAACAGAUGUGCUCCCGCCAACCCUGCUUCUGCAGUUCUGGGGUCUGUCCUCAAUGUAGCACACUUGAGGCUUGUGAGGCCAAAGCCUGCCCACACUGGCCGCUCUGCACGGCGACUCUGGGCUGUCACCUCUGGUCCACCCCAAGCGCAGCCAGCUUACCAUGCAAGAUCACUGCAAUACAUCUGGAAAGUAUGUUUGUAAAUACCAAUCAGGACAGAUGGUGCCCGUGAUGGUAUCAUUCACUCCCACCAGCAUUUUAGAUCAAGGAGGUUUCUCACAUGGACAGGUCCUCAGGCACCAACAUAUUCAGCAGACAUUGGAAGUGAGGUGGGGUGGGGGGUAGGGGGAGUUGGGAACACGUGGAAACUGUUGGGCUGUGUUCAGUCUGUCCUUGAGGUCUGCCGUCACCAGGUGGCAGCAAUGCCUCAGUGAUGGGCACUGUGCCCAACAACUCGAUCCACUUGUGAUUCCUGCAUUCUUUCACCUCCUUUUUAAGAAUGAAAUGCAACUUCUUUACUAAAAUCAGCUCACUGUUAAUAACUCUAUCAGUAUCAUGUUUAAAAAAUGCUAAAAGAGAAAUUAAAAAUCUAAAUAUUUAAAUAGAA